AUGGCGAUGGCACAGAAGCAACGAACUUCAUUGAGUGCAGUGAUAUUCCCUAACAAGAUAUCAACUGAGCAGCAAUCGCUAGUAUUAGUGAAGAGACUGCUGGCAAUAGCUGUAUCCUGCAUUACUUAUCUAAGAGGGAUCUUUCCAGAAUGUGCAUAUGGAACAAGAUAUCUAGAUGACCUUUGUGUGAAAAUACUGAGGGAAGACAAAAAUUGUCCAAGCUCUGCUCAGCUAGUGAAAUGGAUGUUAGGCUGCUAUGAUGCACUGCAGAAAAGAUAUCUCAGGUUGAUCGUCUUAGCAGUCUACACCAAUCAGGAGGAUCCUCAGACAAUUACAGAAUGCUACCAGUUUAAGUUCAAAUACACUGACAAAGGACCAGAGAUGGAUUUUGUAAGUAAACAUCAAGGGGACAAUUCCAACAUCACAUGUGCGGAUACAAAGAAAGCAAGCAUCUUGCUGCUAAGGAAGAUUUAUGUUCUUAUGCAAAAUUUGGGUCCUCUACCUGAUGAUGUCUGUCUGACAAUGAAACUCUUCUAUUAUGAUGAAGUUACCCCAUUGGACUAUCAGCCGCCUGGUUUCAAAGAAGGUGAUUGUGAAGAGAUGGUAUUUGAAGGGGAGCCUAUAUAUCUAAAUGUGGGUGAGGUCCCCACCCCUUUUCAUAUGCUGAAAGUUAAAGUGACCACAGAGAAGGACCGGAUGGAGAACAUUGACAGGGCCAUACUAAAGCAAAGUGAUUUGUUGACACCUCCAAAGGCACAGCAGCUCAAUGAAGGACAGGAGGACCACAACACAGACGAGGAUUUCAUUACAGAAAAUAAAAUGAGGGAGCAAAAAAAUGAGGCGGCUUUGCACAUUAGAGAACUCAAUUUAACAUGUGAAGAAGAUAACGCUAUGAAAAUAGAAGAAAGCCAAAAUUUGUCUAUCGAUAAUUCUCAGGUAGAACAUCUAAUAAACAAUACUUCACAUCUUAAAGUAUCUGAGGGCAAGACUCGAAGUGGAAGGAUAUUUCAACGCUAUGAAGUCUAUAAUUUUGAAUUCUCUUCCAGUCAAGAUUCGGGUCCUAAGCGGAGAAGAUUUAGUGAACCCAAGGAGCAGUUUUAG